AUGCCUUUCAAUACACUCGUCUGUAACGACUUCUUGACGCCUGUGGAGUUGAAUAUCUUAGCCGAAGUUCGAGAAGUCGGGGGCGGAGUUGGAGCGAUUCUAGUGGAUAAACAGAAAGCAAAGUGGGGUUUUGUUUUGAAUGAAUGGGGCAUGAUGAAAGCUUCAGGGAAUGGAACCAUGAAUUACGCUUUGAUUUGUGGGUGGAACGAUAUUGUUAAGGGUAACGAAUUGAAAAUCGGCAGCUUCAUCAGUAUUUGGUCUUUCAGGUUGUUUGGACUCCUCUGCUUUGCCCUUGUUCUUCCUCCUCAUACGGAUUAA